CGCACACAUUUCCAGUCAGUUGGUGAAACACUCGGUUGUGCAAUGGGUUUGUAGGCUGUUCCCAACACCCUGUAGUUCUCGUUUCUGUGUAAUUCCUCAUACCCAUUCCUCUUUUUUGCCACCUCAUUUUAAGGGGAAGUAUGCCCUUUGCAGUGGKAAAAGGCAUUUCCACCAUUCGUCAAAGCAUAAUUUCUGUCACUAGUCUGCCAAAGAAAGAAAUUACUUUUGCUGCAGGAGGCAAACUAUCACUAAAGGGAGCUACUCCAAGAGGUCGCAGAAUAAAGCCCCAGUUCUUAGAAGUGUGCUUCACAAAUACGGAUCGUACUAUGUGACUUAACAUUUAUCUGGCAAAAGUGUCUGAAGUUUCUCAUUAAGGUAGGUGGUAGCAGAACAAAUGUUUGUAUCCCUACAUAGUAGUUCCUUUUGAAGGUCUUUCAGUGUGAAAUUAAGUGUCAGGGAAUACUGGUUAAUUUAUUGAUGUUAGAUACAUUUAUUGAAAAUGAAAUCUAGAGGGGUCCUAGGGAUUUCCCUCUGCUUUUCAGUGGAGCUUGUGGACAAAUAAGAGCAGGGUUUUAGUAGGAAUCCUGGUAGCUGGAGAUUGUUUAACCCAUGACAGAUGAUAAUUUUGACUGUAAUGUGCAUCUUGCACUGUCAGUUUUGCAGUUUCUGUACAUAACCGUGCAUGUUACAGAACUGCAAUACAUUGUUAAUCACUGUUGUAACCCAAAGUUAUUACUUCAUGGUGAAAUUAGCAUUGUGUAUACAUGAAUGUGCAUGUGUCUGUUUGGGGAGAAGGAUGUAUACAUUUUGUAAGUUCCUAAACUACUUUUUUGAAUUUAACACUUGCAUUUUCUAGGUUUUUUCUCUUUUGAUUUUCAGAAAUUAAUUUCACUUUUAUUGUCUCACUAUGGGAAUACUGCCAAUGGUUUUGGAAUAAAUACAUGCUAGAGAUUGAACACUUCCACUCAUCUCAGAUUUCACUGAUGUUUGUUAUUACUCUGUCAUCAUCUUUCUAAUGGGUUUCAGAAAAGAUACCUGCCUUUUAAUAAAUAGAUUAAUACAUAUAAAAAUGGAAAGACAUUUGGCUAAUUUUAACAGAACAUGGAAGUAUGCAUGACAUUCAUGGACUGUAUGAAUCAUUUCCACUGGUAAAUCUGAGUGGUGAAUCUGAAGGGCUAAUGGUAUGCAACUGAUGGUAAUAUGCUUAUUUUGCUGUUUAACGUGUGGUUCAUUGUCUUUGUAGUAUAUAGGCAUUCAAACAAUGCCAAAGGCCACCUGAAUUGAAGAGAUCCUCUGGAAAGAGAGUCCCCACCUUACAGCAGUUAUUACACGGUACCAAUUGUACAUCUGGUUCUGUAUUCAGAAUUUGUAGGCUGUAUUCAGGCAGCUCAGCUGUUACAUUAUGAAACAGGAAUGAAUAUUUGGGAGAAGCACGGUUUUAGGAUUACCUUAGGAUUUUAUCUCACCCUAAGGAUGGAUAGCAAAAUCUUUGCAGCUAAGAGCAGGCAAUGGUGAGGUUUGUAUGUAACAUUAUUAUGUCAUUUGGAAAUCAGCUGUGAAUAGUCUGGUAUGAAUUGACAGAAAUGGAGAAUGAACCAUAAAAUCUGUAAGAUAUCUUAUAAUCUAUAAGAUUCAUUAGCGUUAUAAGCAGACAAUUUUCCAUAUUCURUUGCUUACUACCUGUCCUGUCUUUCCACUUAAUUUUUGGAUGACCUCUUUUCACAUGUGGCUGAGGUCUACCGAAUAAGCCUUAAAGUGAAAAAGUAAUUUUUUAGAUUAUUUCUUCUGCUUCCUGAAUCAUUGAAAUGUUAAAUCAUGCAUGUGUUUUGGUAUGCUAACCCAGAAAGGUAGCUUGUAUUGUGGCAGUUCUGUAUUUAGAUCUCAGCUAUAGUGGAAUUUCUGACCAACAUUAUACAGAAAUAAAGAGAGACUGGUUUAUGUGUUUGCCAUGACAUUAACCCUAAGUUUGGGCAUUCAGUACCAAAGUCACUGCUCUGCUUUAAUUUAAAAAAAAACAACAAACCAAACCCCACUCACUGUUUCCAUGGUCACUGUUUAACCCAACCACAACACUGCUGGAGCCGGAGAGAUUAUUUUUCCAUUUCUGUUAAAUGGAAAUUAAAUUGAGACAAACGACACUUUUAUAAACCAGCCUUGAUAAGAACCUGACAAUUAUAUUGGUAUAGCAAAAUGGACAAAAAUAUUACAGUAAUGCAUGUAGACUUAGAUCAUUAUUAAGUUCCGAGAGGAAGAUGUUUGAAUUUCAGUGUAAAGUUUGUUCAAAAGAAGUACUUAUUUUCAUAUUAAUUUGAUGAAGAUAGAAAGUUGGUAAGAAGAUUCAUUUUUCUCCUGUUUAAUAUAAUGCAAAGCAUAAAAGAAAAAAGUUCAAUAAUAAUAUAAUAGUGGGGAUAUUACAGUAAUGUUGUACGUGGAAAAUACAUCUGGAGAAAAGCAAAUGCCAUUUCACAAGCUGUCGGUAGAUGGCACAAACAUUAAUAUAAACAUUUGGGCGUUCCUAAGUAUUGUUACGCAAUAGGAUAGAGUUAUGGGAAGRUAUAUUUUUCCUGAAUACGUUUUCUGGAGAGCAGGGAUUUCUGGAUUAGAACAAAGAUGGACAGUUGAGAAAAGUAUUGAGCAUCUCCAAGGAAUCAGAAAGCAGUAUGACACAAAUUAUGAUCUUUCUCAGAAACUUUUUUCUUUGCAAGUGUUUGUUUGCAUUAACUGUUUGGAACUGUGUCAGCCUGUCUUUGGAAGAGGAACUCCUUCCAUUUGUUUCUAACAAUUUUCCAGAAGAUGGUUCUAACAAAAAAAUCGAGAGUCUUCCACUCCUGUAUGCAAGUAAUCAUCAGCCCAAAGCAAAUUCUGAUUGGGUUGUGAUAAAAAAUACUACAGAAAGCCUGUCAUUGUCAGAAAUCACAGAUGAAAAUAUAAAAAAAUUGGUAGCUUUAUUAUCUCAUUUCAGACAAGGAUCCAGGUUACAAAAUCUGACACUGACAAAUGUGUCAGUGGAAUGGAAUGCUCUUAUGGAAAUUUUUCAGACUGUAUGGCACUCAUCCAUUGAAUACUUCAAUAUUAACAAUGUAACGCAAUUGUCAGAGGUUGACAGAUAUGACUUUGACUAUUCAGGUACCUCUAUGAAAGCAUUGACAGUGAGCAAAAUUUUAAUCACAGACAUGUACUUCACACAGGAUGAUCUAUAUAGAAUAUUUGCAGAUAUGAAUAUUGCAUACAUGACAAUAGCUGAUUCAGAGAUGAUUCAUAUGCUUUGUCCUUCAUCUAGGAGUCCCUUUAGAUACCUAAAUUUUUUUAAGAAUGAUUUAACAGAUUUUCUUUUUCAAAAUUGUGACAAUCUACCUCAGCUGGAGACAUUAAUCUUGCAGAAGAAUAAAUUUGAGAGCCUUCUCAAGGUAAGCUUCAUGACCAGCCCUAUGAAAUCACUGAAAUACCUGGACAUGAGCAACAAUCUGCUGCGCCAUGAUGGAGCUGAUGUGCAGUGCCAGUGGGCUGAGUCUCUGACAGAGCUGGACCUGUCCUCAAAUCAGUUGGUGGAUGCUGUGUUUGAGUGCUUGCCAGUCAACAUCAAAAAACUCAGCCUACGGAACAAUCAGAUCAGCAAUGUCCCCAGGGGGGUGGCGGAGCUGAAGUCCUUGGAAGAGCUGCACCUGGCGUCGAACAGGCUGGCUGACCUGCCGGGAUGCGGUGGCUUUCCGUCCCUGCAGCUCCUGAACGUGGAGAUGAACUCGAUCCUGAGCCCGUCUGCCCACUUCUUCCAGAGCUGCCCAAGGGUCAGGGAGCUGCAGGCCGGGCACAACCCRUUCAAGUGUUCCUGUGAGCUGCAGGACUUUAUCCGGCUGGAGAGGCGGUCAGGGGGGAGGCUGUUUGGCUGGCCGGCGGCGUACGUGUGCGAGUACCCGGAAGGCUUGCGAGGAACGGAGCUCAAGGACUUCCACCUGAGCCAACUGGCUUGCAACACGACGCUGCUGCUGGUGACGGCUCUGCUGCUGACGCUGGUGCUGGUGGCCGUGGUGGCSUUUCUGUGCAUCUACCUGGACGUGCCGUGGUACGUGCGGAUGAUGUGGCAGUGGACGCAGACCAAGCGCAGAGCUUGGCACAGCCCCGCCGGAGAGGAGGGCACCGCUCUGCAGUUCCACGCGUUCAUUUCCUACAGCGAGCRCGAUUCGGUGUGGGUGAAGAACGAGCUGAUCCCGAACCUGGAGAAGGGGGAGAGCUGCAUACAGCUGUGCCAGCACGAGAGGAACUUUAUUCCUGGCAAGAGCAUUGUGGAGAACAUCAUUAACUGCAUUGAGAAGAGCUACAAGUCGAUCUUUGUGUUGUCUCCCAACUUUGUGCAGAGUGAGUGGUGUCACUAUGAGCUGUACUUUGCCCAUCACAAGUUAUUCAGUGAGACUUCCAACAGCUUAAUUCUCAUCUUGCUGGAGCCAAUCCCUCCGUACGUUAUCCCUGCCAGGUAUCACAAGCUGAAGGCUCUCAUGGCAAAGCGCACCUACCUGGAGUGGCCGAAGGAGAGGAGCAAGCGUGCCCUGUUCUGGGCUAACCUGAGGGCAGCCAUCAGCGUUAACCUGCCAACAGCUGAUGAAAACAGGUGUGGGGAAACAGAUUCUUUCUAAUGGAAUUUCUUCUGAUUUUUUUUUUUUU